AUGAACUCGAGUAACGAUAACAAGCUAAAUGAGAACAUGGAUAAUAAUAACGAAGUACUGUUUUUAGAUCAGCCAUGUGAAUAUUGCAAGGUCCUUGAACUUGAUGAUACACAACAUGGUGGAAUCAUUCAAGAAAUUGAAGGCGGAAAACGAUUUGUUCAAUUUAAAAACCCUGUGAAUCGAGAGUCGAACUGGGAGUACCAGCUAAGCCUCGGAUACCGCCGAGUAGAUACUCUUCCCGGCCUUCCUAAUAUCGCUGCUACUGCCCAGACCUGCGCGUUUUGUCGUAUGCUGAGGAGCGAUUUAAGUUCUUCUUACAAAAAUCUCCUACGGCCACGAUUCAAAGAUAUCUAUGGUACAGGACACGAGAAAGCACAGGAGAACAACGCAGUUAAAGAUGCAAAGAUUGUCAUUACUGAUAUCAACUACCUGUUUGAUGACCCUCAUUAUGCACUUCCGAAAAAGUGGGAGGAUGAUGAUGACUAUGCGGCACCUAGACGCUUAAACCAUUCAAGUUGUAAUGAUUGGCUCAAUUUAUUGAUUGUGUUCGUCAUGAUCGAUUGGGAAGAAUAUUCUCUUCAAUAUCGGAUAUCUGCCGAUGCAUGUGGCAAGUCUCUUUGUGAUGCCUCGGAUUCAGCACAGAGCACGUAUCUGCCUACGCGCCUCAUAGACGUUGGAGCGAAUAACGCCACAAAGUUGAGGCUCAUAAUCUCAAAGGAUGAAGAGGUUGGACAGGAAACGGACCCAGUCAAAAAGAGGUACUUGACUUUGAGCUAUUGUUGGGGAUCUAAAGCGGAGUCGGAGAAGCAGCUGAAAACAACAGCGAAUUCGUUGAAUAAACGCCUGUCGCAAAUCAAUGUCAACGAAAUGCCACAAACCGUUGCCGACGCUGUCCACGCAUGCCGAGCUCUUGGAAUCAGGUAUCUCUGGGUAGAUGUCCUAUGUAUUAUCCAAGGUGACGACGAUGACUGGGCCAGAGAAUCGUUCCAAAUGGCAAACGUCUAUAGCAACAGCUUUCUCACGUUGUGCAAUCUUCAAGGAAGCUCUUGCUCAGGCGGCUUCUUGAAAACGAAAUCGAGUCGGCCGACACUCAAAAUCAACUUUCACUCCAAGCUUGAUACAUCCAUUUCGGGAGUCAUCCAUAUUCGGAUGCAAGACCCUGCUGUAUUAAUUCCCAAGUGGCGGACACAUAACCUCCUAGGUACCUCAGGACGACAGUCGUUGUCUAACAUGCAGCACAGCCCUUGGAAUACCCGAGGCUGGACUUUCCAAGAGGCUCUGCUCUCACCGCGAACCGUCUUCUUUGAGGAGCAGAUUUUUUCUUACGCUUGGGGAGACCAGCACAUUUUCGCGGAUGGGUUUCGAUAUCUUGGGGAGCCUUUCUUAUCAAAUGUUCUAGAGCCUUGCUCUGGGGGUUACAAGCUCAAACUCGUCUCCCAAGAAUACAUUGCGCCUUCGUGGAGCUGGGCCCGCCAACCAGAUCCCGUCAGAUGGAUCGCAAACAUCACUUCCACCGAAUUCGGUGACGGAGUCUUCUUCCCCGAGUAUACAUUACUUAAUGCCGGGGUUGUCGCUGCUGACAAGUCAAACCCGUAUGGCCGUGUGUCCAGCGCAUACCUUGAGCUCGAGGCGAAACUGCUUCGGAUGCCACUUUGUGACAAUGGCAAAGCUAAAUUUGUGCAGAGCGAAACCACUGUUAGCAGUUAUAAGUCUUUGUCUCUUGGCCUGAAUAGUGUUUUGUUAUCGCCAAGCGGUGGGUACAUUGCAAACUUUCAGCUGGAUUGGUACUGUCCGGCCUUGGCUCUUUCGAGCUAUCCAAAGGAACCCGUAGAGCAAAUGAGGAUGGUGCUGAUUAGCAGUCUUAAACGCAAAACAUGGUCGGUAAGCCAGCCGUGGGAGGAGAAUUGCUUGGGCUUGCUGUUGCUCCCAACGGGGAACGAGAGAGAGUUCAUCAGAGUGGGUAUCUGGUGUUACGAUCCCCGGGAAAAUAAGGGUAACAAGCAAUGGGAGAGCAUUCAGCCGCAGUCCAUCAGGAUUGUUUAA